ACCGGCUGCUUCUUCUUCUUGUACUGCUGUGUUUAUCUCACGUUUUUGUUUUUGCAAACUGAUAACGCGACGCAAUUUAGUCUGUAGUGAAAAUUCGUUUUUCAUAUCAAUGGAAAAUCGGCUACGAUGAGCGGCAAUAUACACGGACUCAGCUGGUUUCCGCACUUCCCCGACAAAUUUGUGUCGUGGGGCCAGGAAAUCCAUUUGCACGAGGUGCGCCGCAAGGAUGAUCACAGUCAGAAAAGUCGCCUGCCUUACACAUCCAUAUCCGUGAACUACCUCGCCAACGAAUCGCGGUAUCAAUAUGCCCGCUGCGUGGCCGCCUCUUAUCACAGUGACCAACCCAUAAUUGCAGUAGGUCUGGCAGAUGGCAAAAUUGGUAUAUGCAACUUUCGGGAUACCUAUGAUAGCAGCUGGGAGUACACCCCCCGCCAGCAGCGUAUGUGCACCUGCCUUGCCUGGAACGAACUGGAUGCCAAUAUCCUGGCCAUUGGACACGAUCGCCAUCGAAACGACACCUGCAUUACCAUAUGGGACAUCGAACGAGGUGUUCCUAAGGAGACUGCGAACUUCUUUGGCGUCGGAGAGUCGGCCAACUCGAUUUGCUGGGAUCGCAACCAUCGCACGGUCAUAGCGGGCAUGAGCCAAAAGAUGAUCAAACUGUUCGAUCUGAGACAAAGCAAUGCUACCUGCCAGAGCAUUCAAACAAAGACAGUCCAGGGACUCUCGGUUUCCCCAAAUGGAAACUAUCUAUGCAGCUAUGUGGACUCUGUAAUUACGCUUUGGGAUCCGCGGAACAUCAAGAGUCCACUUAGGCAGAUACAAUCCUCGAAGAACCACCUGCAGAUCGCCUGGUGUCCAACUAGGACAAGCUUACUCUCUUCUCUGCAAAGGGAUUCCUCUUAUAUCACUCUCUACGACAUUCGGAGUGUAGAUAAUGAGAAUUCUGGAGAGAUUUAUCACGUGAAACGGCAGAUUAGUCCUUUUACGUCUAGAUAUCAGCACAGUGGAAAGUUUGCCUUCGUUAAUUGCCUGUCGUGGCAUUCGAGAGAUUUCGAGAGGGCUCUUCUUUUGGCGGAUGCGGUUAAUAUCCUCGACUUCCGACUGCCAGCCACAUUGCACACGGCUCACAGUAAUCGCCGGAAGUUGCCGCUGCUGAUGCAGCGGCCCCUUUACACACCCGCAUCACCAACUUCCACCACGGCGGUCACGCCCAAUCAGCAGCAGCCCACCAGCAGUUGCAGCACAAAUAGUGGGAGUUCCCUGGACUUUAGCAGUCCCGGUGGUUCUCCGUUGAAUGUGGACUUACUGGAACCGGAACUCUUUGAACUCGAUCUGGUGGAUGAGACACGGCAGCGAGCCUUGGAGGAUUAUGGCAUUAGACCCGAUAACAAACGAUUUGCUGAGCUGCAUUUGACACCUUAUCUGCGAAAUGUCUGGUCAACUCUAAACAAUGUAUACUGCGAAGACCGCUUAACAGGCUUGAAGGCCACUUUGGGAAUAAAUUUGGGACACACCUCGGAAGCCUUGAUGGCCAGCUCCCGCAUUGAAUCUCAGGUGCUCCAAUGGCCAGAGGGCAUUAAUAACUCUAAUAAGCUGAUUUGCUACAGGAGCGAGCAGCGCGAUCUGGCCCUUCAACUCUGCGGCUGGGCCUUUGAGCAGGAACUGGAACGCUUUAUCGACCAGUUGUAUGCCAACAAAGAGUACAGCCGGGCGGCCAUGAUCUGCGUAUUCCACCUGAAGAUUUUCCAUGCCUGCAACAUCCUUUCCUCGGCAGCGGACAACAUGAGAGACCCUAGUAUGUACAGGAUCACAGUGAUCGCCUUGUCCAGCUUCAAUGCAGAUCGCUGCAGCUCUACGUGGCGGAAUCAGAGAUCAAGCGCCAAUAUGCAAAUACAGGAUCCACAUUUAAGGGCAGUUUUCUCCUUUUUAACCAUGGAGAAGGAUAAUUUUGAUGCAGUACUGAAGGAAGAGGGCGUUUCGCUCUCAGAUCGUGUGGCCUUUGCAUGCAAAUAUCUAUCGGAGACCAAGCUGGCGGACUAUGUGACGCAGCAGAUCCAAGCGGCUAUAGAUGGCGGCGAUCUGAAUGGCUUGCUUCUCACUGGUGAGUCGCUGGACGGAAUAAGCAUACUACAGUCCUACAUGGACACAAGCUUCGAUGUUCAGACGGUAGCUUUGGUGGCCAUCAACUAUUUCCGUCAGGAGCACUUUGCGGACAAGCGCAUCCAGUACUGGAUCGCCAGCUACCUGGAUUAUCUGAACAGCUGGGGUCUGUGGGAGAAACGGGCUGAACUGGACAUCAAGAUAGAAGGUAUUCGCCCAUCUUCGCGCAGUUCCCGCACGGUGUUUCUGUCCUGUAACUUCUGCGGCAAGUCCGUAUCGAAUGCCUUGUUGGACGAGCCACGUCCACGGGGCACCACUACCACAACCAAUCGACUCUCCUCCUGCCCCAGCUGUCGAAAGCCCCUGCCGCGCUGCUCGCUCUGCCUGAUGCACAUGGGCACGAUGGUGAACAUGAGCAACGGCGAGACCCCGAGCACUACGCCUGAGGUGCCCGGCUGGCAGACAAAGCCCUUCUCAAAGUGGUUCUCUUGGUGUCAGACCUGUCGCCACGGCGGACACACCGAGCACAUCAUGCAGUGGUUCAAACAAAAUUCUGAGUGCCCCGUGUCCUCGUGCAACUGCCGCUGCUUCGACAUGGACGGCACCAAGCCAAAUACGUUAAGAGACAUUUCCUAGCUGGCCGGAGGACUCAUUCAUAUCCCCCUACGCCCAUGCCAUAUGCAUUAAGUUGUUGAAUUGUUCCAAACGCGCGCGCCUUAAACAAACUCAGAAGUGUUCAUUGUACUUAGACAAGGGAUGUGCCCGAAGCAUUAGUGUGUAUGACCUACCAGCUUUUAGCUGCUCAAUUGCAUUUUAUACUUACAUUCAAAUAAACGACUAUAAUGAUUUCGCUUUUUUUCUUAAAAUACA